ACAUAUUCAGAUUGGGUCUACACGUUCUGCAGCAGCCCAAGACCAGACAGAAUUCAGUUUUUUCUAUUCGCGCUCUUGAUCCUGUUGAAUACGAGCGUUCCUCUUACCGGCUUUUCAACAUCUUCAGUUACUGACCUUUGAAAAGCGUUCGAUUUUCGGUCGUUGGUGCACGCGCUCAGAACCGCAACAUGUCGCAGGAAACCGAAACCGUCAGCAACAACCCUGAGGCGUCUCAGAACGGUGCCGAGGCUCAGAAAGAAUCGUCUGAGGACACUCAACCGUCGGUGCAAGAAGAUGCGUGCAUUCUGAAGCGCGGUGUUCCCGACGAAGCGCCUCCCUCUGUUAAGAAGAGUCCAAUGGCUGAAGCCACCGAGGAGUUCAUACUGAAUGAGAAAAACGCGUAUUCUGAAGCUUUAGCAGCUGCUGAAGUCGUCGAUUCUGAACAGUCGGCUCCAGAGCCGCUUGCGCCUGAACCAGCCACUCCUGUGAACUCGGAGUCUUCAGAAAGUGCGAUCGAGGAACAACUGGAAUCCACAGCGCCUCAAAUUGUCGAAGUUUCCUUCUUAAGUGAAACUGUGGUUGUUGAGGAACCAUUGUUGGCUCAACUUAACGGACAAGUUGUGGAGGAUGAAACUCCCGUAGAAGAACCCGAACCCCAGUUAAUGAACGGUCAGAGCAACGGCGAAUGCAAAUUCCAACCGAAAAAAGCCGUUAAUGAGGACGAUGAAGUGGAAACUUUGAAUGGGACGGAAAAUGAGAAAAAUCAGCUUUUGAAUGGAACGAUCGCUAGUGAACUGGUAGCUGAAGACUACAAAUUACCUGACGUUGUUGAGGUGAAGAAGAACUUCGAAAAUAUUCAACCGGCUGGCCAAAAUGUUACCAGCGCUCCUCCCAAAAAGGGAGCGUUAUCUACAACGUUGGACUCACAGAGCGUCAAGCAAGCCUACCAGGACGUCCGACACGACGGAUCUGAAACCCAGUGGGCUGUGUUUAAGUUCGAAGGACCACGAAUCGUGACAUCGGCCAAAGGCGAAGAUUUCAACCAGUUCAAGAAGCAAUUUGGAGACGAUGAACGCGCAUUUGGAUACAUCCGCGUUCAAACAGGCGAUGAAAUGUCCAGAAGAGCGAAAUUCUUGUUGGUUACCUGGGUGGGACCUUCGGUCAGUGUGUUGAAAAGGGCGAAAAUGUCCACGGACAAAGCGCUCAUCAAGGAUGUUGUAUCGAAUUUCGCUGUUGAACUCCAAACCGAAAACAUAGGGGACAUCGAGUUGAGAAACUUCGAAACUGAACUGGACAAAGCCGCAGGAGCGCAUUACGGAACUGGUGUCAGAAGUUAGGGUAACCUUCAAUUCCGCAACUCCUUCCAAUGGCAUUUUCUCAAUAUAUAAAAGUGUUAGUUUAAUGUAUUUUUCAUAAAGGGACCAAUAAGCCAAACAUCAUGGAAUUUACUGCCACUGGAACCCAUUUAGACCGUAAUUACUAUACUACCCUGUAUAUUUUCUAGCCUUGUAAAUAUUUAUAUUAUUAUUAAUUGUUUCAACUGUUUGACGAUAUGUGAUGCUUAUUUUGUAGUGUGUAGGUUAUUGUAAGUUGCGUUAUUAUUAUUGUGCAUUUUGAGAAUCAAAAAUUCAAAAUAAAAAAAUCAGCAUUUUCCCUUGUAUACAUACAGUGUUGCUUCAACAAAUAUCAAUUAAAUUUAUCAGUUUUA